AUGGGCGAAUCUGCAUCCUCUCCUAAAAAGACUCGCUGUGAUACUGACCCGACGGCCGCCCCAACACCUGGAGGAGGAGGAGGAGAGGGAGCAUCGACAGAAGAAUUGCCGACAGAAUCGGCCGCUCAAAGUGAUGCUGAGCCAGAGUCUUUCCCGGGAAUCGGGAGCAUGCACCAUCGCCGAUCUCUACGCAGCUUCUGCCAGCGCUGCAAAUUUGGCCUGGUUGCAAGCACGCUCAAUGCUCUCUACCCCAGAAUUGUGGAGAAAUACCCUGAACUCAUCUUGCAGUUGAGAUGUCGUCAACUCAUUGAAAUGGUGCACCGUCAUUCAGUACGACUUUCAGGUCAAGGCCCAACUUCAUCAUCCAGCGAUUCAAAGCUGCUUUUACAUCAACGUCAACAAAGCCAGCAACAGAUGGAGGUGGAUGGAGGUUGUUGUCGCGGUAGUCGUAAGCGCCCCUGUGUAGCAGAUACCACUUCAUCUGAAGGUGCCUAUUGUGCCUGCACUAGUGGUUCUGUACCCACUUUAGCCACCUAUGAUGAUGGCCGUGCUCAAUCUUUGGUCCAUCAGAGCCAUGAAUUAUGUUCAUCAGCGGCCACAUCCUGUGACGCGAUGGACAUUGAUAGCUCCAGCCUUGUUCCAGAGUCCACAAGCGAACAGGCAUCCCUCCACAUCCCCCAGCUUCAGCAACAGCAACUAGUCACCAAGCCCCACCAAGUCGCCAAUGGAAGCGGCGCCUUGUCAUCGGCGAAUGUGGCCAUUUGUGGUUUCCCUGACGACGACGACGAAGAUGACGAUAUUAAUUACCCAGUCUUACCUAUCCCCAUGGCUAUUGGUGGAGCUGCACCCCAGCAACAGCAAGUCCCUUCAAUCGUUGGUUCAUCUGCCUCAUUGAAUGCCCUUUCCGGCGAUGGUGGUGCUCGGGACUACUUGUUGCGCCAGAUCCACUUCAGUCGUUCCUUAAUGGAUCUGGUCAAAGAUGUUGAGAGACAGAAGGGCACAAUCUCACCCGAAACUGACCGUCUUCUUCAUGAUUCAGUGUGCCUGCUGGCCUAUGAGAAGCCUGCUGAUCCGGAAUGUCCCCUCAGGUGCCUUCUUGACUCCGCCGGUCGUGAUAACAUCGCCAGCCUUAUCAAUAGCGCAAUUCUCACUGAAGAACAUAAGCUUCCUGCACAACCAAUCAUAGAGAAAGUCCUCUUCAAACUUGAGCGUUAUAUAACCUCCUCAGAUGGUAAUCAAGCACAAGCCCUCGCCCACUUCCUUCUCUACCACUUAACUCCCUCGCAGUAUCACUUGGAGAUGAACCGACUUGUCAAAUUAGCUACAGAACCACGGAACCACCCUGAUCCACCCGUUAAUAACAACGGCAAUAAUAGCAGCAGUUGCAGCAGCAAGGCCGAUGAGUCACUUCAAUCAAUUGAGCACCCAAGAGGAACCGUACGUCGUAAUAGACGACUUAAUCAUACUGCAGUAAGCAACGGUAAUUCCAAUGGAAGAGUUAGUCCACCAAAAAGGCGCAGCAAUGGAGCGAGAAGAAGGUACUGGAGACGGCAAGUACCUGUUGGCUCAACGGAGGUUGACGAUGAGAAUGAAGAUGAGGCGGCGGGAGAGUUUUCUCUUGAGGAUGAGGGUGAGGGCGUCCAUUUGCAUCGACAUGAGGAACUUGAAGACGACAUAGAGAUGACUAUUGAAGGUGGCGAUGUUGAGGAUGGUGUAUCUCUGGAAGAUGAAGAGGAAGUGGAAUUAAUGACAGCCUCGAUGGAAGAAGAUGGAUUUGAAGACAGUCAGGAUGGUGAUGAACAAGAUGAGGAGGAUGAGAUUGCGUACAAUCCGCGGUUGGUUGAUGUGGACUAUAUGAUGCCAUUUACUAGAUGGGUUAGACGCUCAUCUGGUCAAAAUCAGGUUGAAGUUGGUGGAAGUAGUCGAGGCGGCGGUGGUCAUGGUUCGACAAGUCGCCAGGGUUCAGAAGAUGCCUACAUAUCUCGAUCUCCUCGUUAUAGACGCAACACCAUCGUUGAGAGCAGCUCCUCUACAGACAACUUUUGGCCUCGGGUAAAUCUCCUUUACUCCUCGAGCAACUCUCGUCGUGGACAGCAACCACCUCCCUCCUCCUCAACUAGUGAUGAUGCUACUAAUAAUGCUAAUCAGUAG